AUGCGAACAAACUUUUCACAUCCCGUGUCAGCACCGGAACCCACUUCCGUUAGCAUGAAGUUCUCCAGAACAGCCAGUUGUGGUCCAAUUCGGUCUGCAAUAGUACUACUGUUUUCGUACGCAACGUUCCCGAGGGGUCCUGCGUACGCAAGAACAAGUGUACCUUCCAGUGCUAUCAUGAGCGUGGGCUCGAUUGCGUGCUUCAUCAGCACAGCCAUAGUUCUAGCGCAUUUAAUAUCUUCCGGGGUGAUCGAAUCUGUAAAAAAAGCUCCUCAUCACCUCAAUAACGACAAAGUGAGCAAACAGCUCAGUCAGAUUUUUAGAAGGCGCAACACAAUGACCAUUAAUUCAGUGAUCACAGAGUUAUCACACCCUGUUUCUCUUGUCAUACACUUCUACUCCCUUGCCUUGACUCUGACUGUAAUUUCUCGCAGCAGCCCAUCAUUAACAGCCUUCACGCGCCUCCAGGAGAUGGUGCUGGGACCAAUCGUUAGACGAGCAAAACAAGUCCACUUUUCGGGCAUUAAAUAUUUUGGUUUCUCCUUCGAAAUACUCAAAUUUUCCCAACCCCUUCCACAUGAUGAGUGUAAAGCUCCUUAG